AGCUGUAAAGAGGAAUAAUAAUAAUUUGCAGCUUUACUUUAUACAUAAUGCAGAAAAAUAGUUUUAAUUUUUUCCUUUCAGUGUAUACAUAAAUGAGUAUUCCUAGAGCCCUUGAUAUACAAAUAGAAAAUUUUAUCCAAAAGCUUAAAAGAAGGCAAAUUGUUGGCUCAUUCUUUGUCGCAAGAGAAACAGCCUUCAUUCUUCGUCAAGUUGUUUCUAUUUCACGUUGGCGCGAUGCUCAUGUUCUUAUUGAUAUUGUAACACAAGUUGGCACUCGUUUGUCUGCUGCUCAACCUAACGAACUUGCUAUUGGAAACAUUGUGAAGCGUGUAUUAAAAGUCAUUCGAGAAGUUUCAAGAGGCGAAUUAGACUCAAAUGACAAUCGAGAAGAGAAAACAACUUUAUCAACUGACAUGGACGACGAAGACGAUACAGCCUCAGACGAAGAAAUAAGCCCCUCAACCGCUCCUCGACCUGAACUUUCAACACAAACAUCCAUGUUUCGAUUACUAGCUGACAUGUCUACUUUAACUACUAAAGAACAAAAGAGACUUGAGAAUGAAAAGAGAAUUAGAGAUACAUAUCAUUUAAAACCUUUGAUCAUUCAAGAAAUUACUGAUGAAAUUAUUGCAGAUUUAGAUACAAAGGAUACAGCUUCAAUUUAUAAGGGGAUCGCUGAUCAAGCAUUAGAUUUCAUUCAUGCAAAUGAAGUGAUCAUGACCAUUGGUAUUUCGAGAACAGUGCAAGAAUUCUUAGUAAGAGCUGCACAAAAGCGUAAAUUUCAAGUAAUUGUGGCUGAAACCGCACCAACAUAUCAAGGUCAUGAAAUGGCUCUUUCAUUAUCAAAAGCAGGUAUUGACACUACAGUGAUUGCUGACUCUGCAAUUUUUGCAGCUAUGCCUCGUGUCAAUAAAGUUGUGUUAGGUGCUCAUGCAGUAUUGGCUAAUGGAGCUCUUGUAUCAGUUUCAGGUUCACAUCUAUUAGCAGCAGCAGCAAAGCAUCAUUCAACACCUGUCUUAGUCUGCACUGCGUUAUAUAAAUUAUCACCUCUGUUUGCAUAUGUUGCAGACGCAUUUAAUGUUACGGUAUCUCCUCAAAAUGUGAUGAGUUUCCAGGAAGGAUCAAUCAUUGAUGAUAUUACGAUUAGCAAUCCAUAUUAUGACUAUGUAGGACCUGAUUAUGUCAGUUUAUUUAUUCAUAAUCUUGGUUCUGCACCUCCUACUUAUGUAUACAGACUUAUUAAUGAUAACUAUGAUCCUGAAGAUUCUACUCUUUUAUAA